AUGGGUCGCGUUCGUACCAAGACUGUCAAGAAGUCCGCCAAGGUCAUCAUUGAGCGUUACUACCCCAAGUUGACUCUUGACUUCGAGACCAACAAGCGCAUCUGCGAUGAGAUUGCCAUCAUUGCCUCCAAGCGCCUGCGCAACAAGAUCGCCGGUUACACCACUCACUUGAUGAAGCGUAUCCAGCGUGGUCCCGUCCGCGGUAUCUCGUUCAAGCUCCAGGAAGAGGAGCGCGAGCGCAAGGAUCAGUACGUCCCCGAGGUUUCUGCUCUCGACUUCACCCAGAACUCCGAGUCUGGCAUGCUCGACGUCGACCAGGACACCAAGGACCUCCUCAAGUCCCUCGGCUUCGACGCCAUCAACGUCAACGUCGUUCCCGUCGCCCAGCAGCAGGUUGCCGAGCGCCCUCGUCGUUUCGGCGACCGCGCUCCCCGCAACAACUAA